GAGCGCCUGCAGGCUGACGAGAACAUGGUGUCGUGAGCAUGCGUACUGAUGGUCCGGAAGCAGGAAGGGAGACUGUUGUUCUUCUCCUGGGCAGACAGUGAUGGCUCCUGGAAACUCCUUUCGCAGGGGUGAAAGGAAGGAGUAGGGGACCAUUUCCAGACAGGAAACCUUUUCUUCGAGGAAUGUUUUACUGGAGCCAUGUGGGGUAUAAAGGAAGAUCCACACAAAGUGAACCAAACAAAACUUCUCAUCAAGGUAUGAAAUAUUUACUGGAUUCAACAUGAGCUGAACUUCAUUGGCCUUUGAAUGUAUUUGGGAGAAGUUGUUUGUGGAAGAUUUCAAACAUCUGUAUGGCUGAGAACAAAACUCACACCUGCCCAAAUGGUGUGUUCUAGCCUCCUGACAUUGGAAAGAGCUUUUCAGCCUGAAAAGAAAUCACACCAUUCCCAGUGGGGAGAAACCACACUUGUGUUCCGUGUGUGGUCCAGGCUUCAAUUAUUCAUCCAAACUGGAGAAACACAGGGAUACCAUGGAGAAACCGUGGAAAUGUGAGGACUGUGGGAAAGGAUUCAGUUAUCCAUCCCGGCUGGAGCGCCAUCGGCGCAGCCACAUUGGGGAUGACACCAUGGAGAAACCAUGGAAAUGUGAGGAUUGUGGGAAAGGAUUUUAUUAUCCAUACCAGCUGGAAAAUCAUCGCCACAGUCACUCAGGGGAAAAGCCGUUCAUCUGUUCAGAAUGUGGCAAGGGAUUCACUGUGUCCUCCCACCUGCUGUUACACCAUCGAGUUCACACCGAGGAAAGGCCUUUCAGCUGCACUCACUGUGGAAAGAGGUUUUCGUGUUCGUCCAACCUCAUUGUACACCAGCGAGUGCACACUGGGGAAAAACCAUUCAGCUGCUUGGAAUGUGGGAAGGGAUUCAGCCAGUUGUCGGGUCUCCAGUCACACCAGCGAACUCAUACUGGGGAGAGGCCAUUCACCUGCUCUGUGUGUGGGAAGGCAUUUGCUCUGUCUUCCAACCUGCUGUCACAUCAGAGAGUUCACACUGAGGAGAGGCCAUUCACCUGCACAUCCUGUGGGAAAAGGUUCAGGUCGUCAUCCAACCUCAGUGCACACCAGCGAGUUCACACUGGGGAGAGGCUGUUCACCUGCUCUGUGUGUGGGAAGGAAUUGACUAAUUCAUCCAGCCUGCGGUCACACCAGCGAAUUCACAGCGAGGAGAAGCCAUUCAGCUGCACUCACUGUGGAAAGAGAUUCAGGCAGUCAUCCACCCUCACUGCACACCGACGCACUCACACUGGAGAGAGACCAUUCACCUGCCCUGAGUGUGGGAAGGGAUUCACUCAGUCUGGCAGCCUGCAUUUACAUGAACUGUCUCACACUGGAGAGAAGCCGUUUCCCUGCUCCGUGUGUGGGAAGGGAUACACUCGGUCAUCCCAUCUGCUGACACAUCAACAAGUUCACGUGCUAGUACAGGGUUUGGAUUCUGCUGUGACUGCUGCUGUUAAUCACACCCAGGAUGAUUGAUAGCCUGAUAACAGAUGGUUUGUUAACAUCUGUAACUGACUGGAGCUUAAUAUUCUGGAUGUGUCGCUGAUUUUUCAGUGUUGCACGGUCUCCUUUUAAAACACCACCUGUGAUCUUUCCCCAAUUACACCACUGUUCCGAACUUCUGCUUUAACUUUUCAUUGGUAUAAAAUCUACAAUUCAGUGUUCAAGACAUUCUACUGAUAUCAAGAAAGUGCUGAUUAAUUCGUGCUGACAAUUCUUACUGACUUACACAUUCUUCAUAGUGACUCCUUCAUUAUGGACUGAAAUUAUCAAGGAACAUGAAGCAGCUUACUAAAAUAUUUUCCAGGCCCAUCAAUAAAUGCUUCAUAAAUUAACAUUGAUAUUGAAGAAGUUUGGAAGUCGCUGGAUUAAAUAACUCAUGUCACAAUUAUCAAUAUUAGGAAAAUGUGGAGCUCAUAACAAAGACUGGUUUCGGACCUGCUCACCAGAGGUAGCAAAUGUCAUUGAAGCCAAUUCCAAAGCCUUCUCAACAUAAACCCAACAACUAGAACACUGAGGUAACAAGGUGUAGAGCUGGGUGAACACAGCAGAACAAGCAGCAUCAGAGGAGCAGGAAGGCCAACGUUUCCGGCCUAGACCCUUCUUCAGAAACUAGAACAUUAUCACUUGGAAUGAGCAAAGACAGUCUUGUAUACUGCAGGGAGAUACAGUACAAAUAAACAUUGGGUCAAUCUAAGCUUUGAAAUCCAAACUGCCAUCGCGGAUUGAAAUCUACCUGCAGUGUGCAAUACCAUCGAGAGAGAACUCUGAAAAACCAUCACUGACAUUACCCCUGCUUGAAGUCAACAGACAGUGAAGUACGCAGGGAGGCAAAUUGACAGAAGCGCCACACGGUUGAAUAUUACUUUGAGUAGUACUAUGAGACAGAUAUCUCCCAAUCUCCAUUUGGUACUUCCUUGCAGUUUCCUGUCAUGAAUGAGUUGAAUGCCGAUCCCUCCUCAACUGAUCUGAAAAUGGCCAUUUGUUGGAUUGAGCGAACAUUUGUAAUUACACAAAAAUGAAAUGUUUGUCAAAAGCAAUAGUUGGUCUACCCAGGCAGAAACGGGAGAAUUUUUAAUGGGAAAUAAAGAAACAGCAAAGAAUCUGUCUUCUUAGAGGAAGAUACAAGAACAAAAACAAAGUUGCUGGAAAAGCUCAGCAGGUCUGGCAGCAUCUGUG